AUGACAUACCUCAUCAGCUCCAAACAAGGGGACUCGUCGUUCCCAGCGUCGCCGUAUCUGGACCACAAGGUGCUGAGGCCUUCGUCCAACAGGUCAAUUGAGCUGUACCACUCGCUGGCGUUCCGUGAUGCCUCCUUGGAACGCUUCCAGAGGGCGCUGCGGAUCCCCACGGAGGUGUACGAUACUUGUUCUGAUCCUCGAGACGGCCUUCAGGGCUGGGAGCCAUUUCUGGAGCUCCAGAGGUACUUUGAGGACGAGUAUCCCCUCGUCCAUGCUCAAUUGGACAUCCACAAGGUCAACGAGCUGGGAUACGUUGUCAUUUGGAACGGUACUGACGAUGCCUUGGCCCCGUUGCUGUUGAUGGCUCAUCAGGAUGUUAUUCCUGUUGAGAAGGACACCUGGGACCAAUGGACAUAUCCUCCCUUCAGUGCACACUUCGACGGCACCAGGGUGUGGGCCCGUGGAGCUGCUGAUACGAAGAACCUGGUUGUUGCUCUGUUUGAAGUGUUUGAGCAGCUGCUGAAGGAUGGGCUUGUUCCGCAGAGAACCAUGAUCAUGAGCCUUGGGUACGACGAGGAGGCCAUUGGCCGUGUCGAUGGUGCCAAUUCGCUCGUCAGCUUCAUCUCUGGCCUGUACGGAGAGAAGAGCAUGUACGCUGUGCUUGACGAAGGUGGCUCCGUGGUGGAGCUGGACGGAGUGCCGGUAGCUGCCGUUGGGGUCUGUGAGAAGGGCUAUCUAGACAUCAACAUCGAGCUGGACACCACGGGAGGACACUCGUCCCGGCCUCCAGACCACACGGGGAUCGGCAUCAUGAGCCAGCUCGUUGUCAGCCUCGAGGAGGAGCCCUUUGGGUCUAAAUUGACCAGUGAUAACCCGUUGUUGGACCUGCUACAAGUUGUCGGUGCAAGGAGUGAAGAGAUCGACGACCUGACACGGGAGCUGUACCUGGGAGCAAAGCAUUCACACGGCAUCAGAAGUCAGCUCUCUGCCCGGCUGGCCAGUGAUGAGAGCUUGAAGUGCCUCCAAAGAACGUCGCAGGCCGUUGAUCUCAUCCACUCCGGUGUCAAGAUCAACUCAUUGCCGGAGAAGACCACGCUGGGCAUAAACCACAGGAUCUCCAUGGAGCUGACGGCACAGGACUGUGUUGACCGUGUAAUUGACCACGUUCUGAGAGUCUCUAGUGAGAACAACCUCGGUGUUGUGCUCAGCAACGGCACUGUGCUGAGCGAAGGAGACCAUGGCUUGUUCAACGUCUCUGUUGUCCAGCCUCUGGACCCAUCACCAGUCUCCAGAACACUCGAUUCUCAGUGGAACGUCCUUGCUGGGAGCAUCAGGCACACUUUCCAGGACGUUGUGGCCAACGCCAGUGGCGAGGUCUCCGUGGCACCGAUGAUAGUGGGAGGAUAUACCGAUGCCUCACGGUAUUGGCCAUUGAGCGAUAACGUCUAUCGCUUCAUCGGAGUAUCAGGAGGUGCUGGCAACGCACACGCCAUUGAUGAGUAUCUCGAGCUGGAAUCGCACAUCCAGACGGUGUGCUUCCUCUACGACUACAUCCUGAACGUGGAAGAACACAGUGUAUAG